AUGGCCUCAUCAUCAUCUUCGGCUAAGAUAAGCAUCCCCACAACAUCUACUUUUAGCCCUAGCCUUGGAAUUGAAUUAUUGACUGGGGCAAACUUUUCCACAUGGAGGGAUACGGUUAAACUUACUCUUGGUAUGGUGGAUCUUGAUUAUGCCCUGAGGCAUGACCCUCCUGCUGCUCUGACUGCUGAAAGCACUACAGAUCAGAAAAUAGAGCAUGAAAAGUGGGAAAGGUCUAACAGAAUGUCUCUUAUGGUUAUCAAGAAUUCCAUCUCAAGUGCCAUUAGGGGGGCUAUACCUGAUUCAGAGAAUGCCAAAGAAUAUCUGAAUUCAGUUGAGGAGCAAUUCAAGGGAUCUUCUAAAGCACAUGCGAGUUCUCUAAUUUUGAAGAUGCUUACCACAAAAUAUGAAGGUAUUAGUGAUGUGCGUGAGCACAUAAUGAUGAUGAGCGACAUGGCCCAUAAGUUAAAGGGAUUAAACAUGGAAAUAAGCGACGGUUUUCUAGUACACUUCAUCAUGACUUCUCUUCCUGCACGUUUUAAUGCUUUUAAGAUCAACUAUAACACUCAGAAAGAUAAAUGGUCAAUGAGUGAGUUGAUAGCAAUGUGUGUGUAG